AUGAAUAUUCUUGAAAGCAAGGCAUUCGCAGCAGUCUUGGCUCAGAAGUGGGAACACGAGCCACACUUUCUGCCAGUGUUGGAAACUUGCAAGAUGGAUGGUUGCCGUCUUGAAUGGAGCCGGUGUUUGGAUGGCGGUCCUGGCUCCUGGUCGCUGAUUGGCUUGAGUGGCACUGCGCUUGCCACAGAGACAGCCCCUGGAUGGUAUAUGCCUGUCUUUUGCGUCAGAGGCAUGAAUAGGCUGGAAUGCCGAUUUACCCAAUGGCAUCCAGAAGCACCUCAUGUUGCUGUCUUCGAAGCGGAAGAACUGCGCUUUGACAAUUGGAUCAAUCUUCCGGCAGGGAAGGUCUAUGUCCGAGAAGUACCCUCGCCUUUGGUUAUUACUUGCAGCUUGAUGCCCGCGGAUCAAAAUGCCGUCGACGUCGUGUUCACCACGGUGGCCGGUGAAGAGGUGCUGCGAAUCGCCAGCGUGUCAAGCCAUUCGCUGGAGAUGGAACAGCUUCCUACAUCCGCUACCAUAGCAGCGGCAGCCCAAGGCCGUCUGCAGAGCAGGAACCAAGAAGUGUGCACGGUCUUAGACGGGGAGCCAACUCCAUUGGACACGUUGGUCCUCUCCGAUGACUUGUGGGACAUCGUCGCAGCGCAGGACACGCAGCCAUGA